UAUGUGCAUAAAGUAAAUAUUUGUUACUUUCUACUUCUAGGUCCACUGUCCUUCUUUCCUCAGUGGAAGCUGAAACAUUAUGAUGUUAUUGUAGGUGUUUUGUCAGCUCGACACAAUCAUGAGCUACGCAGUGUUAUAAGGAACACUUGGGUCAAGCACCUGAAGCAACAUCCUGCCCUGAACCAACGUGUCCUUGUGAAGUUUAUAAUAGGUGCGCAUGGUUGUGCUGUGCCAGUGAAGGACAGAGAAGACCCCUACUCCUGCAAACUUCUGAACAUCAGUAACCCAGUUUUGAAUCAGGAAAUUGAAGCAUUCAGUCUCCCUGAGGACAUACCUUCUGUGCUGUCUGAGGACAGAAUCGUCAGUGUGAACUUUCGUGUACUUUACCCCAUUGUCAUUACCAGCCUUGGGGUAUUUUAUGAGGCUGAUGGGGUGGGAUUCCAGAGGAACAUCACUGUAAAGCUGUACCAGGCAGAACAUGAGGAAGCAAUCUUCAGUGCUCGCUUUAGUCCACCAAGCUGUGGAGUGCAGGUGAACAGAUUGUGGUACAAGCCAGUAGAGCAGUUUAUUUUGCCAGAGAGUUUUGAAGGUACUAUUGUAUGGGAGAGCCAGGAUCUUCAGGGCUUGGUUUCAAGAAAUCUUCAUAGAGUGAUGGUGAAUGAUGGAGGAGGUGUUUUCAGAGUCAUUACAGCAGGGGAAGGGUCACUGCCACAUGAACUCUCAGAAGGUGUGGAGGGAAUAGCAGGUGGUUUUAUCUACACUAUUCAAGAAGGUGAUGCUCUUUUAAAAAGCCUCCAUACUCGCCCAGAAAGGUUUACAAGUCACAUUAAAAACCUUGAGAAAGAAGAUGCUUUAUUGAAGGAAGAAAGCAGUACCUAUGAUGACAUUGUUUUUGUGGAUGUGAUUGACACUUACAGAAACGUUCCCUCCAAAUUGCUGAACUUCUACCGAUGGACAGUUGAAUCAACAAGUUUUGACCUGUUGCUGAAGACGGAUGAUGACUGUUACAUUGAUUUGGAAGCUGUUUUUAACAGGAUAAUGCAGAAAAAAUUGGACAGGCCAAAUAUUUGGUGGGGAAAUUUCAGACUAAAUUGGGCAGUUGAUCGAACUGGGAAAUGGCAAGAACUGGAGUAUCCAAGUCCUGCAUACCCAGCCUUUGCUUGUGGGUCUGGCUAUGUCAUCUCCAAAGACAUUGUGCAGUGGCUGGCAAGCAACUCUGAAAGAUUAAAAACGUACCAGGGUGAAGAUGUGAGCAUGGGCAUCUGGAUGGCAGCUGUAGGACCCAAGCGAUAUCAGGAUGGUCUCUGGCUGUGUGAGAAGACAUGUGAGAGUGGCAUGCUGUCUUCCCCCCAGUACUCUCCCCAGGAACUGGGAGAGCUCUGGAGAUUAAAGGAGCUGUGUGGAGAUCCAUGUAGAUGUGAGGAAAGAUGAUGGACUUGCCUUGGAAAACAGAGUAGUGUAUAAUGAUCAUGGAAAAGUGUACAUUUGGAUUCAUUCAUGGAAUAAGAAAUAUUAAGGUAACUUUUAAUGUUGGGUUUCAACUAAAGUAUAACAAUAUUUGCACAUCCCUUUUGAUAAUCACGAGUGGACUGAUACUAUUUGUUUUCUAUAGUAUAGAUGUUGAUCAGACAAAAACCAAAAUGUUCAAUAUUAAAAAAAAAAUAAUUCUUUUUAUAAAAAGUCAAAGACCUACUUGUAAUUAAUAAAUGCACAUAAGAAUGCCAA